CUACCCAACCUGACACUUGGUGCGUAGUUAACCCGAUCCAUGGAGGAAAGGAAACCGUAGACUAAAGACGUGCAGAUCUGAUCCACUUCUUUCCGUCUCCAUCUCGAUCGGCGAUGGCCGGCGACGACCGCAUCUCCCACCUUCCCGACGAUCUUCUGCAACAUAUCCUCUACUUUGCGCCUGCCAAGGAGGCUGCGUCCACCAGCGCGCUCGCGCGGCGGUGGCGCACGCAGUGGCUGUCGUCGGGCGCCGUCAACCUCGACACGUCCUCCUACCCCGGUCUGUUGUAUCGCAAGCGUCCCGCCUUUGUGCGCGACGCCGACGCGGCUCUCGCUGCCCGUGGCCGCCGUUGGCCCCUCAGGAAGCUCACCUUCCGCGUGGAAGGCAACCACCGCGACAACAUCCGGCUAUUCCUGCGGCACGGCGACGACAUCAAAGGCAUUGUGCUCACGCACGUGGCCGCCCGCUCCGUCGAGGAGCUCUGCAUCGACGCCCGCCUCGAAGGUCGCCCCGAUGGUGUGUAUUACGACCUCAACGUCCCGUCGCUGCCGUCCGAGAAUCUCCGUGUGCUGCGCAUCUCCGGCUGUAGAUACCUCAAGAUCCCUCCGGUCAGCGUCCCCGUCGCGCUCCCGCGGCUGGAGGAGCUGCGGAUCCACUUCUGCUAUGACGUGCAGCUCCAGGGUCUCCAACGCGUCAUCGACUCAACGCCGCAUCUCGCCGUCCUGGACCUGCACUCCGUAUGCAUCUAUUCCGAGUACGACGUUCCGGCUGCAGCUGUAGACUAUGGCUCACCGCCGCCGGCAACACUCCGCUGCUCGUCCGUCACCGCCCUCGUGCUGUCGGAUUGCACCUGGAUGGACCGUCUCCAUGGAAAAGACACGACCGGCGUAAAUCUGGACGCGCCGAUGCUGCGUUGGUUCAGAUACAAGCCGAAUUUAAACUGCCCGGUGGCGUUGAAAUCACAAGCCACGAGCCUCACACGAUUGGACAUAGACUUCUGCCAUGAUCCGUGCGCUGCCACACAUGACCAAAUAUGGGCCUCCUUGUGGCAAUGUGUUGAAACAUUCAGCAACACCAGGGUCUUGAAGCUGAAAUGGAGCGACAUCGAGCACGUCAGCGGUAGCGAGACGAAGAAGGUUCAACUCCCCGGCAGCAACAUGGUACUCUUCCACAAUCUCGAGCGCCUCGAGCUGGAGGUGCACUAUAUGCCCGGACAGAGCAAGGCCGCCGGGGAGGCUAUCGCCUACAUCCUCCGUUGCUGCCCUGUGAUUAGCAAACUCCGGCUUAGUCUGAGCACGACAUUGGAGAAACAUCAUCGCUAUGCAGACGCCUACAGAGUAAAAGAUCAGCUGGAUUUCGGUAAAUCAGUCGAUCAAUUCUUCUCGCGUCACGGACGAAAGAACCCUAUGAUCACCUACGAGGUAUGUGAUCAUAUCCACGGUUUGAGUGGGGAAUCCUUCGCCUGCCUCCAGAGUAGCCUGAGAUCCGUGAGCUUGCGGUUUCGGAGGGAGAAGACCGACAUUUUUGGUGUGCGACUGGUCAAAUUUUUCGCGGAGAAUGCCAUGGUUCUCGAAAAAAUGUACAUUGACGACGGGAACCAGAAAUUGCACGAGCACAUUAAUCAUACAGUUGGCAGAUGGGUUGCUAGUUCAUCCUCGGGCUUUGCAGUUUUACCACUUGGAAGUCAUUGGCAGUAACUCUUCCAGUGAUGCUUGUACCCCAUUAAUGCCCUGAAGCAGUAGAUCUGAAGUCCAAAUCGUUGUUGCAGACUUUACCACCUUGCCUCAGAUUUUCUAGGAACACCAUGAUAAUUGUUUCCUCUGCUUCUUAGUGGGAAUUCUGUCCUUAGGGUGAGAAAAUAUUCAAGUGGCCGGGGAUCCUUGCCACUGAUGAACAAAAACAGACUACCGUCACUGACGGUAUGCAGGUUACUACCAUUCUAGAGUCUUGUGGUUGUGGAGUAUCCGGAUUUCCUACUUCUCAGGCAACCGAGAAAAAGCGUUUUCUCCUACAAAUGAAGUCUCAGACAUGUAUGGUUGUAGUGUUGUGAAACAGGGCAAUGAAGAAUGAACAAAACGACGGCACAACUGGAUGUUGAUCAAAACAGGGAAUGCUGAUCCCUUAAUUGUAUCGCAUGCUCCGUUAUUGGCUACAAUGUAAAAUCGUUCAGAUAAGAGCAAAUAAUUCGACAA